GAGGGUUUGGAAAAUUUAGUUGCGAGAUUUUCAGCCAUGGGAAACGAUGGAGGGACUAUUGCAAAACGUCAGGAUAUCAUCAACUUGUACAAAAAGGACAUCGAGAAGCACCGUGGUGAUUUACCAGAGGAUCCAGUAGACUUAUCCAGGUGUGUGCUUUCGCACAAGUCGUUGGUGGAUGAAAAGGUAGUAGGAGACUCCAAGGGUAACAUGAUUCUCAAACAGCUGAUACUUGAAUUUUUGUUAGAGAAAACCUACAAAACAAAUCAGCUGUUUGCGCACCUCAAGUCUUUGAAUGAUGUUCUCGAUAUAAACCCGGUUUUUGAGCACGGCCAGUUAGUCUGUCCUGUGUCAAAGUCGUCUUUAACGUUUGUCUACUUGAGGACUUGCGGGUGCGUAUUAGAUCACAAACUUAUAACAAAGCUUGUGGAGCUUAAGAGCUUGAAGUGUCCAGCUUGUCAGACACCGUACGAAGAGGUUGACGUGGUAGUGAUAAAUCCUGGGUCUCAGGAUGCUGAGGCGAAUGAAGAACACUUGAAACUCCUUCUGUCGCAAGGCUUGCACCACACCAAGAAACCGGUGAAAAAGGGCAAGAAGUCCAAACGAAACCACACUACGAGUCUGCCGACAAAGAAACGUAAAUUAUAGGCUAUGUACAUAAUAAGAUAUUGGGGCGUCUAGUUUUCUUUGGUUUGUUCAGGGUCAAACUUCAACUUGUUUCUGUUCAUUUUGGCAUAGUCGGAGUUCAUGUAGAUGUUGAAGGAAAUAGAACCAAGUCCCACCACACAAAUACCCACCAAUCCAAGAACGGUGCUUCUGUGGAUGAUAUCUGUUGCUCUGACUCUGAAAGGAAGUUGUUGUGACAUUUUGAAAGUAGUGAUGAAAAUCAAGUGAUA